UGCUAUGGACAGUGCUAUCACCCUGUGGCAGUUCCUCCUCCAGCUCCUCCAAGAGCCUCAGAACAAGAACAUCAUCUGUUGGACCUCCAACGACGGGGAGUUCAAGCUGCUGCAGGCAGAGGAGGUGGCCAGACUCUGGGGAAUCCGCAAGAACAAGCCCAGUAUGAACUAUGAUAAACUCAGCCGUGCUCUCAGAUACUAUUACGUGAAGAAUAUCAUUAAAAAAGUGAAUGGUAAGAAGUUUGUGUACAAGUUUGUUUCCUAUCCGGAGAUUUUAAACAUGGACCCGCUCGUGGUGGGCCGUAUAGAAGGAGACCCUGAAUUGGCUGGUUUUGCAGAAGUCAGCAGCGCUCCAAAGGACGUGGAAAACUGUGGGAAGGAGAAGUCCCAGUCCUGUGGGAAAUCCUCCAGCCGCAAUGACUACAUCCACUCAGGCUUGUACUCCUCUUUCACUCUCAACUCCCUGAACUCUUCCAGCGUGAAACUCUUCAGGUCCAUCAAGAUUGAGAAUCCAGCUGAGAAACUGGUGGAGAAGAAACCCGCUCAGGACCCGACCCCAUCCGUCAUCAAGUUUGUAACCAUGCCCUCCAAGAAGCCUUCGUCUKUCCCCCUGGUCUCUGCCACUUCAACAGUCUCCAUCACUUCAGCUGCUUCUGCCACUUCAGCUGCAUCCUCUCUUCCAGUGGCAUCAGAAGAAGCUCUGCAGACCUUGGAGACUCUUGUUUUACCCAAGUUAACUGUCCCCGAAGCUCCAGCACCUUUGCCAAACUUAACCACCAGCUUCACCCCAACUCCCCCCGUGUCCUCGGUUUCUCCCRCUCUGCAAGUUCCUUCUACACCUCCUUCGCCACCCUUGAGCUCUAACCCUGACCUGGACAUUGACACGGACAUAGAGUCAGUGGCUUCUCAGCAGCUGGAACAGGCUCAGAGCCUUCAGCACCAAUCCCCAGAGCCCAAAGAGCAGGAUUCCUCCGUGCUGGAGAAGGAAUUUGCCAAUCACCUCUCCAGAUCUAAAAAACCCAAAGGGCUGGAGUUGGCUCCCACUCUGGUCAUUACAGGCAGUGAUCCAAGCCCGCUGGGGAUACUGAGCCCUUCUCUCCCAACUGCUUCUCUUACUCCAGCACUUUUCUCUCAGACUCCCAUCCUGCUGACGCCCAGCCCCUUGCUCUCCAGCAUUCACUUCUGGAGUACUCUGAGCCCGGUUGCUCCUCUCAGUCCUGCCAGGUUGCAAGGUGCUAAUACCCUCUUCCAGUUUCCAUCAGUGCUGAACAGUCAUGGGCCGUUUACUCUGUCUGGACUGGAUGGACCCUCUACCCCUGGGCCAUUUUCCCCAGAUCUUCAGAAGACAUAGCACACGAACUCAUGGAAAGGACAUAUUGGCGAGCAAGGGAAAGAUUAUGACACUUAUAUUUAACCGUGUUUUUUUAAAUGAGCAAUUUAUAAUUCCACAGAGAUUAUCAACAGUCAUAGUUUCUGCCAUUCCCAAUUGUAAAAUGCCUUUUUUUUUUUUGCGAAAUUCCCUGUUCUGAAGACCCAAAUCGGGAAUGUAUAUGCAAACGCCUUAAUAGGAGCCCAGAGCUCCAGUCUCUUCUCUUCCCUCCUGGUUUGGAAGACUUCGCUAUGGGUAAAGGGAAUUUCACUUUGUGUUGCAGUAGCUGAGUCUGCACUGACUGCAGUAAAAGGUAUCAGAGAAGUCUUUUCUCUUCGACUCUUGGAAAACCCUCUGUUCUUCUGCUUCCUGUGCUUGGCAAGAAGAAAUCUAAGUGUGAUUGAAGCUGACAUUCCAGGAAAUGCUGGGGAAAGGGGUGUGAGCACUCGGCUUUGCCUUGGGGCCUGAGAAACUUGGGCAGCAACGAAACAGCUCGCGUCUUAUCUGCUGUAAAAACCUCUUGUCUUUUUGCAGGGAGCAAUUUUCAAGGAAAAAACUCAGCGACGGUGUUACUGAGAUACAGACAUUUGUUUUUGAACAGCAUUGCAUGCAAACCUCUCCAAGAAAGGGGCUGGAGGCUUCCCUGCCCUCCCUUCGGCAAGGACACAAGCGGAUGGCGGGGUUGGUUCCUUUCACUUCUCGGAUCGAUUGAAUGCUCCAGUCCAARCAUUUCUUUUGACAGCAAUCUGUUAGAAAGCCUGUGAUUUGACUGCUAGCAAAUUAGCAGCACGAUGGAUUUUACGUGAGGAUCGAGGGUGUGUUUGUACUCGGUGAGGUUGCUGCCUGAUGCUAGAGCUUCAGACCCAAGCGGUGGGUGAGAACACUAACAGCCGAGCAUUAACGUUACUGCUCSUUUCCCACAGUUGAGACACUUGAAGUGGAAAAGCUCCUUUUCUCCCAGCACUUACCCCCAAGUUUUGCUUUAAAUCUAUUGCUUUUCGUUAUUUGAGCAGGAGCUGAGACCCUGAAAAGGUUAGGCCUAGUGUGUACAGAUAGUUGAGAGGUGUCACACUAUAUCAACCUUACUGUAAAUUUGUGCUUGCUUAUUUUUCUUGGUGGCUUUAUGUGUAUGGGUUAGUACGAGUUUAGUUUCCAGAGCCAUUUGAAACACUGACGAAAUUAAGUUUGUACAUAGAUUUUUAGAACCUCAGGAGGCCUUUUAAGAGAACUGAGGAAUGAAAGAGAAGGGUUUCUCUUCUCCCAGCCCUUGGAGAGUGGCUGUCGUGGUCUGUUGGCACUGGGCCGUGUGUCCUUCCGCUGUAGCCAUCUGCUGUCAGGCAGCAGCUUCUGUUUGCUACUCACAUCCGUACGUGGAGCUGGUGGUGCAGGAUAAUCUUUGGCAUAAAAUGUCCACUAGAAACCAGCGACCAUCUCUUUGCUUUGACRUCCUGUCUUAGACUGAGGUUUAUUGAGCAGAGCAAGGUUGUGCCCUCGGAGCAGGGAGAGCUGGCGUUGCACUGUUACAGCGUUGUGCUUCUCUCUGGUCCACCCAUCCCACAGGUCCAUGGUGAGCUCGACUUUUGGGAGUUUUCCCUCUGCCACUCCUGCAGAUUCUGGAUUCACUUUAAUGCUCAUGUGUGGCGAUGCCCUCAAUUUACCGCUCUGUAUUCUAGCAGUGACAUAUACCAACCAAAGGGUGCGUUUUUGGGCUCGAUGGCUGGGCGCAACGGUGUCACUUGAGGGCACCGUUCACGCAGAAAGCCCCGUGUCCCGAGGGAGGCUGGAGAAAAGCACGUGCCUGGCUCUAGGCAGAGGCUGCAGGGAGUUAGCUCAUGUAAUGAACUGUCUUCCCGCUGGCUUAAGUCCGAGGCAUAAUCCCGAUGCCUGUUUUAAUCAGAGAGGAUACAGUUCCCGUGCCGGUGGCUCUUAAAUGACAAUGUGCAAUAUUGACUUUUUUUUUUUUAUUUUCUUAAUGCAGGAAGAAAGCUGCAGGUCAUGAUUAAGAGCAGGCAUUGGAAUUUUCUGGUUUGCAUGAGAGUUGAUGAGUGUGCUCUAGAAAUUAUAUAUAGCUCUAUAUAAAUAGCGGCACUUUCAAUGGUUGUGUUAGGUUGGCCGAUUUUAUUCCCACUGAGUGUGUGGACCCGACAGCAACAUCGCAGACUAGGAUUAGAAUUUAAAAAUAAUUAAUGAGCACUAAAGACUUGCAAUUUAAUUGCUUCCCUUUCCUUGUACCCUUUGGAGAAAAGCCACGUUUAUUUGCUUAAAAGUUGUGGAUGUGCACACGUGCACUUAAUGGUUUUGUAGACUGUAUCACUUUGAGUAUAGGUAUGCAAGAGAACCAAAUGCUGAUGUAGCUUUUCAGUUUGGCUUGGCCUCGUGUCAUGCUCUUCUUCUCCAAGGAUUUUCCUAAGAUUGCACUGCCAUAGGUGGCUGAUGAGAGGCACGUUCAUCUUUUCUUUAGGAAUACCUUCUUCAGAGGAAAUUAAUAUGGAAAUAAAUGCAGCCUGGAUGUGUUGGUUUCAAUCCGAUAAUGCCCAACCUCCUGACAGGUAGCACUGCAAGGUGAUUAUUUUUGUUUCUUAAGCACUUGCCUAGGAAAAUAAAAGCCCCACAUAGGAUUAUAACCUCAGGAGGCAGUUGGCAAAGCAGGUUGGAGGGGUAAGCGAGCUGACAUGCUUGCUCCCCUUUUCUCCAGGUUGCUUAGGGUGAUGCCAUCUCAUUAAACGCACAUUUAACCAGUACCCAACUGCCAGCGUUUUGGAAUCGGCGCAUUCCCGACGGAGCACAGCGCCGUUCUGCAUUCCUUGGAGCAGGGUUAGCAAAUCCAGCUCCGUUCGGAGUAUUUUGCAGCUUGUUGCAGCUUGUUUUUUAAUACAGCAUAGGGAAGGUAGGGGUUAAUACAGACUUUUUUAGUUGCCGUGUAGGCUGUUUGUAUAGGAGUAUUAUACCAUGUUGGUUUAAAGCAAUUAAUAGUGCAGCAUUACCGAAACAUUUUAUUAUAUUAAAAUUCACGUUGCUGACGUAGCUGUUCUCAAAUGCUCAUGUGUUUUUGCAUUGCAAUGGUUAAUGCACAGCUGAUAGAAUUAGCCUGGAUGAGCACGAAGCUGCACAUCUGUCCUGCUUCUGGAAGCCUCUUUUCCCUGUUGCUGCUGCUUUGUGAUAGUAGCACGGGGCCAAAAACCUUGUGCUGCUCUUGCCCCCUGUGCCACGUCUGGCUUUCCUUCAGCUCCUGACCUGCAGGGCGCCACUAGCAACGCAUGCUGCUAGCAAAGGCCACCCAUGAAAGGAAGAAAUGAGUUACUAAAAACCUAUGGUUAUAAAACCAUAGCUUGUUUUGYCUCUACCUGUUUCCAGGGAAUGUAAACCUAGCAAUGGGGAUGACGGAGGGAAGUCUUUUCCCUCCCCUCAGCUAAGCCUGGACCCUUGUUUCAGAAGACUGGUCUUCAGCGGUGUCUGCUGAAUGUUUUCCUGUGCUUUGGCACCCUGAAGUUGCCUGUUGCAGUAGGUCAGGAGAUACAGAAAUUCCUUGAAUUUGAGCAUUCUUUGUAUUCACUUUGGGUCUGGAGACGUCACUCUCCAUGCAGUGGCACGUGAGUUAUGCUCUUAAAGACUUUGUUCGGUGGUUUGUCUAGGAUAAUUUCACCUUUCGAUAUAUUUUCAAGUUCAGAUAUCUAGCAAAUGGGUUGGUUUUAUUUUGUAUAGUGUUCAUUUUAACCCCGUGAAGGCCGCUUCUGGGUGUAUAUCCAUUUACGCAGCUUUUAAAAAUGCAGCCAUCUAACGUAGGAAGGCUCCCGCCUGGUUUCAGCUUUGAUGCAAGAACUCUUGCAAAUUGAGCUCGGUGCAAAGAACCAGACUAUCCCAUUGAUGCAGUUUCUCAGGUGAACUGAAAUGCAGAGUUCUGAUCCACUUCUGUAGCAUUUUUCUAGCAGAAUCCUACARUUCUGACAAUCUGCGGGCUCUCCAUGCUUGAUUCCUAUACCCUUUUAGGUUUUGCUCCUGUUUUAUAGCAUAUAUAAUUUUUUUUAUGUGCUCAUGUUCUGUUACACAAUUUAACUUCUUCCUUUUUUAAUGCAUACUUGUUCACAAGGUGCAUCUCAGUGUUGUAUCAAGAGGUGAUCUUGGCAUUGUCAGCAAUGGAAAUGCUACAGCAGCAGUUCAGGAACAGCGUCGAAGUUGACAGGUAUUUUAAAACUUGCUGUUUGCGUUUUGGGAGGCCACAGCAAUUCCAUUCUGUUUUGUUCCUUAGUUCUCACGUGUAAGAAAUGCACGUACUCUCUGACCUCUGAGGUCUUCAGUAUGGAUAGUUUAUUUUAUCUUAAUUAUAGAGCAUGGUAUAGCAAAGAGCCUGAGCCCCACAGGACGGUGCACGCAGCAGGCCAGCUGAUAAUCCAUUAGAAUUGCAGUCACGUCAUUUUGAAGCUGAUUUGGGGCGUUUUUUUUAACGAGGUCAAGUAUGUCUUGCCUAAACAGGAAUUUUAAUGGUGUAAUUGAAUUCAAUUAAACAGUAAAUGGCAAUGGCUGCUCUCUAGCCUGAACAGUAUUAGCAAAUGUGCUUAAUGGGGAAGCCUUUGGCCAUCCCACCGAGUKGAGUAGUGAUGAACACGUGAAAUGCUGCAGCUGAUCUGCCGAAAUCAGGGGUUGGCAGACGCAGCUUAAAAUGUAAACUGCAGUGCUGGUUGGUUUAGGCAGUUCUCAGCCUGAAAGCCUCCCACUUGGUUCGAGCAGUUACUGACACCAUAGCAGCCUUUUAUAAAAGGUGCUCCUGCAGGAGGAAAUAUUUUAGUGGAAUAAACCCAACCCCUUUCUCUGCAGCGUGCUCUUAGCUCUAAGGAUGCAAUAGUGGAACUGCCAAGUGCUGCAGCCUCUGCCUCGUUCCGUCUCUUGAGGCCACCUAAAGCAGCAAGGGUAAAUUUUGGCUUUGGGGGGGCUAGUGGAGCCUAAACUUUUACACUCAUUUUGCCUUUGUGCAAAGAACAAAUAAAGAAGGAAGGACGUUUGCAGCAGAAUGUCCAUCCUUUCAGAGGACGCAGCUUUGCUGACCACGACCACACUUUUUUUAAUUAAAAAAAAAWAUAUGAUUUGCAAGAUAAGAAAGCAGGGCAGGGCCCUAUGUUUUCUCUUGAAUGUAUAUGCUAAUGUGUUUCCCUUUUGGGGUAGCAAGCUUUGUAUGUAUUAUUCUAAAAAAAAAAACCCACAGUGAACUGACUAGAUCUGAUUUUUAGUUACUCUCCCUCUCCAAAGACUUUUGUAGAAGAUUUUUGACUGUGGAGCUAUUCUAUAGAUGUGCUAGAGAGCAUCCUCUGAUGGCUGAAAACUUUGGGGUUUAUAUAUACCCUUAACGGAGGUGGGGUGAGCUCGGUCAUACGCACAUGCGUGUGCUGCACACGCGUGUGAGCCCRUGUGCUCAGCGUGUUCUAGUGCCAGCCAGCGCCUACCGUGUAUCCGGGGCGGGUACUGCACUAUGCAGGAUGCAGCUGCCACUUUUGAAUGUUUUGCACAUGUUCUUGUGGGUUUUUGGGGGGGGUUCAGGGGUGUUGGGGUGUACAAUCCAUUGUACCACUUUGUGGACUAAUUAUUUGCCAAAGGUUAUUUUUAAAUGCAUCUUUGACGUUGUUGUAUGCCACUUCUUUCCCCAAAAAAGUGUCUUAAAUUAAUCUUUGACUAGUUUUAUGUUCAUGGAACAAAAAUUUUGGYGKUUUUUUUUUUCUCUUUUUCCCCAAACAUGUGCUUCUAGGUAGGCAUUGCAGAAGGUUUUCAUCUCAAAAAAGUCCUUUCUUCUUCAUUUUUGCUUUGUAACGUGAUAAUUCUGACCCUUUGGGAACCGGGGGCUGCUUCUUGCCAUGAGCCACUGCUUGAACUGUGAGCAGAGCAGGGCAGGAGAGUCGGAGCCCGGCCCAGCCCAAGAGCAGCACCACCCUAGUGCUGCACCAAUAACUGGAAACUCUUAUUUUUU